UGCGAUUGCGAUCGUAUAGGUAGUACGUUACAGUCCCCGCAGGCGCGAGCACGCAGGUAGACCCGUCUCGCACCUCUAUCCACUACACCUGUACCAACCGAAACGAGAGAGCUUUUUUCGGAAGAAACAGAGAGAGAGAGAGAUCAUAAAAGAAAAAUAGCAAAAAAAAAAAAUAAAGGACUCGUUAUUGCUUGGACAAAUACGAGGAAAGCAUAUCGACGUGCGCCAGGUGAUCAGGCGGAAAUAAUACCAAAAAAAAAGCUCUCUCGACUGAAUAAACGAGAGCAGCAGCAGCAGCAGCAGCAGCAGAAGCAGGAGAAUCCGCAUACAUAAAUCACGCAGGCGUAGUGGAGCUUGCGAAGUAGCACCUGCUGAAGCGCGCAUUGUAGGUCACAUCGCUAUACAGGAGGAGGAGGAUUUCCCGCCAGCUGAACCCCGUAUACACGCAUAAAUCGAAAGUAUAUUACACGCGCAACAGAUCCCCCGUCGUCGCACAUUAGCAUGAAGCUGCAGGUCGCGCUGCUCGGCCUGGUCGCGUGCUGGAUGAGCGGCGGUAGCGGCGUGGGCAAGGUUGCCGCUUGGGGCGGCCUCUUCAAUCGCUUCAGCCCGGAGAUGCUCUCGAACAUGGGCUACGGCGGUGGCGCGGGUCACGGCAACGGCGGCUUCCUCGGCAGGCAGUCGGCCUUCGUACAGCACGGCGGCUCGCUCAGCGACAACAUGCUCGACGAGGGCAUGGAGGAGCCCUGCUACGAGAGACAUUGCCAGACCAACGAGGACUGCUGCCUCGAGUACGUCUGCAUACAUCCCGAAGGAGAGUGGCCCGACGGACGCUGCAUGUUCGUCUACGGCCUGAAGCAGGGCGAGCUCUGCCGCAGGGACAACGACUGCGAGACCGGCCUCGUGUGCGCCGAGGUCGCUGGCAGCGACAGCUUCUCCUGCCAGCCGCCGGUCACCUCCAACAAGCAGUACAGCGAAAGCUGCACGAUGUCGAGCGAGUGCGACAUCAGCCGAGGCCUGUGCUGUCAGCUCCAGCGCCGACAUCGCCAGACACCGAGAAAGAUGUGCUCGUACUUCAAAGAUCCGCUGGUGUGCAUCGGGCCCGUAGCCGCCGACCAGGUCAAGCAGAUCGUCCAGUACACGUCCGGCGAGAAGCGGAUCACCGGCAAGAACAAUCGACUCUACAAGCGGGGCUACGAUUAGACGCGAUCGUCACCCGAUGAUGAUGCCUGCAGCACCGUCCGUAAUUCCGAGAUGCGACAGCAGCGGCUGCAGUAAUUAAUCUUGCACACCUAUCCCCACCUACCCCCUUUAUUAUUACCCUACGCAUAUUAUAAUAUUAUCGCUUCUUCGCGCGAUCGGCUCCGAGACAUUAUUGAAAUAUAAACCUUUUUAUCAUUAUAUAUCGACUUCGUGUAACGAAACUCGACGACAGAUGCUAUAAGGCGCAUUUAUGGCGAAUAUAUUAUUAUCCAUUGCAUUCACACACCCCACCGCGUGCGGCAAUCCUUAUAUUUUAUUAUACGCGAUUGUGUAAAUCGACGAACGAGACAAAAAAAAGUAAUUACAGAAACAUACGAUUCAGUAUAGAGAUCCACGCAUUUUUCGCUGUAAGUGCCCCUUACGGAAUAUAUUUUGCUAGCUACUUUACCGAAGAAUAAUAAUUAUUUAGCCUCCUGACAGUAAAAAAGAAAUAAUGAUGUAGAACGCGCACCCGUACGAUUAAUUAUUUUUUUUCGCGCACAAUUCCACACGCACUCGCUCGAUCGCAUUAAUGACAUUAAUAUUGAUAGAUAAAAAAGUAUACGCAAGACGUAGUGUGGCUGUACCUUAGACAUAUAUAUAGCUUGAUCGUUAAUUGGCUGUAAUAAUUCGUUUUUACUCCACCCACCUCACGAGAAAUAAUAGAAGGUAUAUGAUAGAAACGCAAUCUUCCAUAAUUAACCCAGAUCAAUAGCUGUGUAUUAUAAACGUAUAAAAGUCCAUGUAAUAAAAAGCAUAUUUUACUAUAUAUAGCCCCCCCCCUACCCCCCCGAGAAAAGCCAAAAA